AGUUGUGGAGGAGGAGAAAGAAGAGGAGGAGGAGGAGGAGCAGGAGGAGGAGGAGGACGGGCUAUAAACUAUACCUACUGACUAACAUCAACACUUCGUCGUCUCCUGCUCCUCGCCACAGGAUAUCUCUCUCCUCACGAAGGAACUCGAUCCUCGUCAGCCAUGGGCGUAGAGGGGGGAAUGAAGUGUGUGAAGUUCCUGCUCUUCUUUUUCAACUUCAUCUUCUGGCUAUGCGGUCUAGCACUGAUCGUGGUGGGAAUCCUGGUUCAGAUGGCUCUGCACAACACACUAAUAAUCCAUGAUGCGACAGCCUCUGGAGCUCCUAUCGUUGUCAUCGUAGUCGGUGUGGUGAUUUUCUUCAUCGCCUUCUUUGGCUGCUGUGGAGCCUGGAAAGAAAACUACUGCAUGGUCACAAUGUUUGCCAUCCUUCUCUCACUGAUAAUCAUUGUUGAGAUUGCAGGAGCUAUCGCCGCAUACAUCUUCAGAAACAAGCUCUCAACUGUCGUCCAGGAUAGCCUCACUGAAAUGAUUUCCAGUUACAACAACAGCACAGAUGAAUUCAGAGACACCGUGGAUAAACUGCAGAAGGAUUUGAAAUGCUGUGGUGUGAACAGUUCCUCUGACUGGAGAAGCUUCAAACCUCAAGGAAACUCUGUGCCUGACUCAUGCUGUGUGAAUGUCAGUGCAAACUGUGGAAAUGGGACCAUGACAGACCCUGCCAAAGUUCACCAGAAGGGUUGUCAUGAUGCUUUGGAGGCGUUCCUGAAGAAAAACAUCCUGUGGGUGAUAGUUGCAGCUCUUGUGAUUGCUCUCUUGCAGAUAAUGGGCCUUGUUUUCGCCUGCGUAUUGAUGAGAGGCAUCCGCAGCGGCUAUGAAGUCAUGUGAUCCAGCUUCACAUUGUAAUGAGCAGGCUGUUCAUGUCACACUUACCGGGAGCUUCAUUUGUAAACAUAAAUAUGUUCAUCCUAUAAUUAAAGUUUGAUACACAAAACUAUAUAUUUAGUGUGAAUGAUGAGUCAGUAUUCAUGUUUUGUCGUGAGACAAAGUGUCUUAAAAGAAAGCCAACCUCUGCAGUCAGUAGAUUGACUCAAACUUUUCUGUUUCUCUGAUGCAGGGUUGACUUAUGAGUCUAAUUGUGAUUUGCAGGUUUGGGUUGCACAAAUAAAUUUUGAUUGUUGGAGUGAUCACGAUGCUGUGGAGGUUUUGCUGAAAAAACCCAUCCAACUGUUGAUGGUUGUAGCUCCAGCUAAUGCUGACUCAGCAUUCAGGCUAUUGUUUUCCUGUUCUUUAUCUUCUUCUCCUGCUGUAAGUUUUUGCAUAUGUUGUUGGUUUUUUGGACCUGUCUUGGCGUCGAAUUUGUUUUUAUGUUUUGCUGGUUCCAGGCUGCAGUUUCUGUUUCUAUUAAAGACUUAAAAUUCCAUCUUAA